AUGCGGAGCGCGCUGAGCUGGUGCGCGGUAGCCCGCGCCCUGGUCCUAGCCGGCCUCUGGCUGGCCGCAGCCGGGCGCCCCCUAGCCUUCUCGGACGCGGGGCCGCACGUGCACUACGGGUGGGGUGAGCCCGUCCGCCUACGGCACCUGUACGCCGCCGGCCCCCACGGCCUCUCCAGCUGCUUCCUGCGCAUCCGCGCCGACGGCGGCGUUGACUGCGCGCGGGGCCAGAGCGCGCACAGUCUGCUGGAGAUCAGGGCAGUCGCUCUGCGGACCGUGGCCAUCAAGGGCGUGCACAGCGUCCGGUACCUCUGCAUGGGGGCCGACGGCAGGAUGCAAGGGCUGCCUCAGUACUCUGCUGGAGACUGUGCUUUCGAGGAGGAGAUCCGCCCUGACGGCUACAAUGUGUACCGGUCUAAGAAGCACCAUCUCCCCGUCUCCCUGAGCAGUGCCAAACAGAGGCAGCUGUACAAGGACAGAGGCUUUCUGCCCCUGUCCCACUUCUUGCCCAUGCUGCCCGGGAGCCCAGCAGAGCCCGGGGACCUCCAGGACCACGUGGAGUCUGAUGGGUUUUCCGCCCCCCUAGAAACAGACAGCAUGGACCCUUUUGGGAUCGCCACCAAAAUGGGACUAGUGAAGAGUCCCAGCUUCCAAAAAUAAGUGGGGCUGUGGCCUCCCCUCCACCGCCCUCAGAGGCCAGGACCCCCGACCUGUGGUGCUUGCAAAGUGGGUUCUGGCUAUGCUUCUGCAAGUAUGAUCCUGGGCUCGUGCUCCGGGUAGCUUUAGGAAGAAACAUCUAGAACUUGUACAUAUACAGAGUUGUACAUUGGCUGUGCCAGUUCCUAGCGGAUAGACAUGUAUGAUCUUGAAAUCGUAAGCCCUCCACCCCGCACCUUUGCCAUUGCUGGACAGUUUGCUGUGCUGCCCUGAUUCUGCUUGAAUACCUCCACUGACCGGGAACUCACUACCUUUGGGGAAGUUCUUAUGCCAAGCUGAAACGUUCCGCAGUUCUCUCUCCCGUCAUUUCCAGUAGGGGCAGCCAGAAGAAAAGCGGUCAUUUUAAACUCACGUACAGGUGAUCAGCUUUGUGAAACCUUAGGUAAAUUUGACUCUACCACAUGAGAAUUGAUCGAGGUCUCCACUCCAAAGAGGAUCGUUGGUUCUCCCCCAGCCCCUCCAGGACAGAACUGAUCAGGCAUGGCCCACCAGGCUUUGGGAACAGGGAGAGCCCAGAGGCCUCCAGCCUGGGUAAACCUUAAGAACUCCCCGCUAUGGCUGCUUCUGGGACAGAUGACCUUCACCGGACUACUUGGCAGUCUGCCCAGGGUCCAUCGGGAAUUCACUUGCCCCUCCCCUUGACCUCCAGCGCCCUGUACAUAGCCAACACUUACCAGGGCUCACUGGUUCCCCUAAGUGAACGACCACCUGCUUGGGGGGGACAGGACGUGAGGACAGCCUCAGUAGCCCUCCUUCCCCGGGAUCCU